AUUUGGGUUCUCAAUUCCGAGCAACGGCGGCACUGAUUCAAGUUUUUAAUUUGACAUUAAGGGACGCUUAAUUAGCCCGUAAGGAUAUGGCACCUAGGAAAAACAGGAAAAAAACCGAACAGGUUGUUUCUGGCAAGAAACUACUGAAGAAUGGGAAAAAAGCUGCUGAAUCUACUUUAGAAGAAGAAGUUUCCGACAGGAAAACGGCGGAAGGCAAAAAAGCUAGUGACGUAAAAGAAUCUGUUUCACCUUCUAUGGUUAAGAAGAAGCCUUGUACGUGGCUUAAGCUUGAUAGGCUUGUUCCUCAAACUGAAAAGAAAUCAUCAGUGGAGAGUAUCAAACAAGGCAAAGAAGCCAAGAUCAGUAUCGAAGUUCAACGGACAAAAGACAAUAAGAGGAAGAGAACAGAAAAAAGUGAAGAGGAAGGUAAUAAUCAUCCGAAGUAUCAUGAAAAGUAUAUUGAUUCCCAUCAUGCGAAAAAGGAGAAGAGAGACAAAAAAGAGGAGCGAGGUAAUAACGAUACGAAAUUCUAUGAAAAGCAUAUUGAUUCCCGUCGUGAGAAAAGGGAAAAUGAAGUUUCUGUUAAUGACAGGGAUGAUGAAGCCGAGAAAAUGCUCGGUGGAUUGAUUUUUAUGUGCAAUGCUAAAACUAAACCAGAUUGUUUCAGUUACCAAGUAAUGGGUGUUCCAGCACACAAGAAAGAAGUUGUGAUGGACAUUAAGCCCGGUCUUAAAAUAUUCCUCUACGAUUAUGAUAUGAAGCUCAUGUAUGGAGUCUACGAAGCAUCUUCUGCUGGAGGCAUGAAACUCGAGCCAGCAGCUUUCGGAGGGGGUUUCCCUGCGCAGGUUCGCUUCACUGUUCACAAGGACUGCCGUCCACUACCUGAAAGUACAUUCAAGAAAGCAAUUAAAGAAAGCUACGAUAAAAGAACACGCAAGUUCAAGACAGAGUUGACUGUGAAGCAAGUGAAUCGUCUGAUAGAUUUAUUUAGUCCUGGCCCAUGUAUACAUCCAAAUAGCCGAUCUAUGGUUCAUGAAAUUAAUCCAGCACAUACAAACAAUUUCGGCAUUGCUGACAUAGGCGGAGGAAAAACUAUACACCAGAAUCCACUUUUUCUUACCGAGAAAGAUUAUAGAACUAACGGUCUUCGACAAGAAAGACCUUUAUUCGCAGGGGAUGGUGUUGGUCAAACAUGGGAGCGUAAUAAUCUCGAUCAAGAACUAAAGCACUUACUAAAUCAUCCAUCUUCCACUAGUGUUGCUCCACCUGUACAACAGAGGGAAGUCAGUCAACUCGAUCCUUUUACCCGCGGCGAAAGGGAAUAUCAACUCUAUGGGCUUAGGGGCCCACAGCAGACACUAACUGCUACUAACGUUGUCAGAGAUUCCGUAAAGGGUUAUUGUGACCCUUAUGACGAAAGCACCACAGCUUUGGUGAAUAGAUAUCUGGCAAUGCCGAGAAUGGCAGGUGUUCCAGAAGAAUCGUACAAUCUGGCUCGAAGGGGGAGUUAUAUCAAUGAUCUGAAUAGCCGCACGGUUUUGGAUGGAGAUAGAGCCGUUGGAUCUCGUACUUUGCGUGAGCAGUCUACUUUCAAUCAACGGCCGUAUUCGCUCGACGCAUCUCGUGAGCCUUCGGUGCUCCAUCAGGGAUUUCAUAUCCAGCGUGAAAUUGAGUUGACUUCUGCGCCAGUUUCGAGCCGCUACUCUUUUGCGGGACCCUCUCCAUCCCAGCACAGAUAAAAAUCUUGCUCAAAGUUUAAUGCUAUAAAUAGUAAUAUCCUUCAUCACUGGGGUUUCUUUUUCCUUUUUUUUUUUUUAAUAUAUAUUUUACUUUUGUUGUAUAUUAGUUUUCUUUCUUAAAUUACAAGAUUGCCAACUUGUGUGUUUUGGGGCAUCCUCUUCGAUUUAUAUUCGCUUUGCGAUGUAAUGUUGUAUUUGCGUAUUUAAGUUAUCAAGGAAGAAGAUGAAGUGAAAUUUCAA